AUGAACCCGGACCUGGAGGCUGCUCUGCCCCCGACUAGCACAGAGGGCAACACCUGCAUCAGCUACGGAAACCCGCUGCCGUCACGCUACACCAAACUUUCGGAGCACAUUCGGCGCAGCGCCCCCGGUGAGCUCCAGUGCUCGGUGUUUUGCGGCGGGGCCCGCUGCAAGUACGAGAGCGGCAGCGGCUGGUCCGACCGCGACAAAGCCAUACAGGGAAUCUACUCGCACUGGGUUACGGAUGACAUCCUGGCCAUGGCACGACCAAGCACGGAGGCUAUUCUUCAAUUCAACAUUCUCCAACAGUUUACCGACCAGGGAAUCCGGUCCAUCUUCAACCUGCAGCUGCCGGGAGAGCAUGCCCACUGCGGGAAUCCUCUUGAACCCAGCGGCUUCUCCUACGAGCCACAAGACUUCAUGGACAACGGCGUGUUCUUCUACAAUUUCGGAUGGAAGGACUACGGCACGCCGAGCAACCCCGCGCUGCUGGACAUGGUCAAGGUGAUGGCGUUCGCCCUGGGCGAGGGCAAGGUAGCCGUGCACUGCCACGCGGGCCUCGGGCGCACGGGCCUCCUCAUCUCCUGCUACCUGGUGUACGCCUUGCGCUGCCGCCCCAACGACGCCAUCCGCUACGUGAGGCUCAAGCGGCACGGCUCCGUGCAGACCCAGGCGCAAAUCGGAUGCGUCCAGAAGUUCGCGCAGUUCCUUCUUCCUCUCUUCAUCGUCUACCCAGUGGUGCCAGCCAAGGCGGUGGACUUCACGCUCAGCCAUUACUUGCUCAAACAGCGCCAAGUGUUGCACGGCCUCGAAGGCAGGCAUCUCAAAUAUAUACCCAAGAUUCUCUACGCAUUGUGCGAGCGCUUACUCAAGCUCUGCGAAAACAGCUCCGGCGUCGACGCCAACCGAUCCUCCAGCAGCAGGAGUACGGCGUCAGUGAGUGCGGCCAGACUCAGCUUCGAGCUGACGGAGCUGGAGCCCUUCUGGACGAAGUUCCUGUGCUCGUCGUCUCUGCGCGACCGCUGGCGGUCGGCGUCGGAGGGCAGCCAGUCGGCCGAGCUCGUCAGCCCUUCGCCUGAGGAGGGCCCCCAGGAGAACGACACCGUCCUGGACUCGCUGCUCGUCGCUGGCCUGUCCGGACUGUUCACCCCGACACCCGCCAGCCCAGAAUGCGGCUACGAAGAGGUCCUGGAAAACGAAGACAUCUCGGAAAGCCAGGCUUUGGCCGACAACGCCUGCUUCAAGGAGCUGUCAUCGCAGAAGGAGCUGCGCUCAUUGGCGCGCAAGGACGUUACCCACGUCUCUUCGGCCGAAGUCGGGCGCGCGCUGCUGCUGGAGCACGCGCUGCUCGGGCCUUCGUUUCUGAGCCGGCUGCGCAGGUUCCAGCGCGAGCUCAACAGUCGAGGUCCUGCCUGGGACAUGCUGAAUGUGGAGCAGGACCCCGCGCUCCUGGCGGGGCUGCUCUGGUUCUGGCUGGACAAGCUCAAGGAGCCCGUGCUCAGCACACAUCACCUGACCGCAGUGGUCAUCCAGCCCGACAACCCGGUCGCCGUUCUGCUCAAGUUAGACAGGGGCGCCCGCUUCACCACCGAGUACCUGGUACGCUUCGUAUCCCGCCUGCAACUGCCGUCGUCCCAAGAGCGGCGUUCUGUGCUCCGACGACUGACGUCUGCACUGUGCCACCAGGCGCUCUCCAUCGACGGCGUGGCCCGGCCGGUGCUCUCCGGCUGGGUCAAGAUGCGAGAGGGCACCGCGGCCAGAGCCACCGAGUUCAUGGAGGUUCUGUACGAGGCUGUCGCAGCCUCGUGCAGUACGCGCGACGGGUCGCUCGCCAAUGGACAGGCCAGAGACAAAAGCUUCCGAGGCAUCAACAUUAUGGCGUCGGCUAUCGCGAGAUAG